AUGCUAAUGAAGGCCAGUGCAGUCGACUCUGGCACGCCGGCAGGCAAGCGCAAGCGCCAGCCGAUCGAUGUCGAGGUUUGCUGGGGCAGCAUCCUCUCGGGCGGCGCGUCAGUGUGCGAGGUGGUGCCUCCCAAAGGCGGAGCAUUCCGCGAGAAGUUCUGUGCACGGUGCAGGCAGCGAGGCGUGCUUGUCCCCGUGACGAGAGUGCGAGUGCCGGUCGGGACGGCUGAACUCUCCAACCAACGGACCGCCGGCGUGUGGAACAGCCCGUCCCGCGCAGUGCCCUGGCCGGACUACCGAAUCAUCAAUCAGACCGCAGACUGCACCGGCCCGAUCUUGGUUAUCCUGAGGAACGAGUGCUCGGUCCGCCUCCCCAACCUCGCACCUCUGCCAGACCUGCCGGCCAUCACCUCCCUCCCGUGGCCGCCGCCCGGCUUCAUCGCCUUUCGCGUCUCGCGCACACUCGUGCCCAUGACGCCUCUCCCGUGGAGCUUUGUCGUGGAGGCGGAGCGGGUGGCAGCCGCUGCGACAGGCGCCGGGACACAGCAGUACGGCAGCGGCACCGGACCGCCUGCGUCUUCUCCACCUGACGAUGGAUUCGCCCACCUGCCGUCGACCUUUCCUUCGCAAGCGCCCUCCCGGCUGCCGAUGGCGCCCUACCCGCCGAUAGCGGUUACGAUAGCGCCCUCCCUGCUGCCCGCCUCUGCAGCCGCCGCAGCGCCCGCCGCAGAACCCGCCGCAGAACCCGCCGCAGCGCAGCCGUCCCCGCUCGCUGCGGGUCUGGCGGCGCACGAGGUGGAGGACCUGGACGAGCGCCUGGCCGACCUACUCGACCGAGAGUCUGCUGAGAACAUCGCAGCCUUUCUCGGCCUAGCCCCCUCGGCACCGCCCUCGCCCUCGGCCGGGCCGCUCCCCUCGUUUGGAGCAACUUGGCUUUCGCUCCUCGGUGAGGCGACGCACACGCCAGAGGAGCCGCCGCCGCCCAACGCUUCGCAGCUGCUGGUCCCGAUGCCGCGUCCCGUGGUCAGCUUGGGCCUCCCAAUCACGGCACUUCUCCCCGUCGAAGCGCUGCCGCCCUUCGUCGACCUGCUCCGCUCCAACGCGCUGCGCGGCGCGUUCUUCGUGUUCGCGGCCCUCGUCGGCGCCUCCCCCCUCUCCUUCCGAGAAGGCACAGCCGCGCUCCUCGCUGUUGUGGCCGCGUGGCUCGUCCAGGCGUGUGUGCUGUACGCGCGCCUCGGGCGCGCCGACGCCGUGGUGGUCGCAUUGCUGUUCCCCAUGAUGGAUUCAGCUCCCGCUCCCGCGCUCCUGAAAAAAAACGCGCAGACAAAAACGCGGCAUUUUAGCGAUAUGGCCGCGGCUGGCUUGCCAGAAGACGGCCGCCAUCGGCUGACUUGGACCACCAAGAGCUGGCUGGGGCUGCAGAAGCUAGCUACAUGGGAGGGCUUCGUGAAGGAUGGAUUGAAAAACAUUCGAACAAAGAAGAGGCGACGGGAGGAACCGGCGGAGGAUGCAGCGGCUCCAGUGGUGUACCUGUGUUAG